AUGGCCUCAGUAGCUCGGUCGCUGGGCCGCUCGGCCUUCUUCCUGGCCCGGAGAGGGCCUAUCUUCACCCCCGUCCGCCAAUUCUCCGCGACGCCCAUCUCCCUCGUCUCAGAAGAUCCGCCCGUCCCUGAGGAGCCCAAGCGCCCUCGUCCGCAGGACCUGCCCCCGGCACCCGAAUACUCGCCUGAUUUCCUCUCGAAAGAGGAGCGGGAGCAAUAUGACUUGAUGUCUCCGGAAGAGCGAAAGGCGUUCGACGAAGCGAACCGUGCUCUUGUCUCCGAAUACAACGACCCCCAGGCCCGUGCCGCCAUGUUCGCCGAGCUCGACAAGGAAGUCUUCCAGAUCGAAAGAGAAACACAUAUGCGUUUCGAGGCCCCGAGAGUCAGAUCGAACGGCUUCUGGGCGGAAGACGAACCAGAUGAUCUGGCUCUCGUUGAGGACGGCGAUGAGGAUUUCAACGAUGACGAAAUGACGAGCAUGGCCUACGCACAACUCGAACAGCAUCGUGAAAUCAGAGAAUACGCUCGAAUCGCCGCUUGGGAUAUGCCAUUGCUGAGCGAGCUCGCCAAACCCUUCACCCUCCCCCCCGAAUCUCACAUCCUCCGCUUCCGCUACACAACAUACAUGGGCGAGCAGCACCCCGCCGAACCCAAGGUCGUUGUGGAGUUGUCCUCCAAAGAUCUGACACCCAAAUACCUCACCGAAGCGCAACGCCAGACCUUCCUCAAACUCGUCGGUGUCCGCUACAACCCCCAAACCGAUAUUGUGCGCAUGUCUUGCGAGAAAUUCCCGCUCCGCGCCCAAAACAAGCGCUACCUUGGUGACACCAUCAAGUCGUUGAUCAAGGAAGCGAAGGAGGGCGACUCGUUCGCCGACGUCCCUCUCGAUCUGCGUCACCACAAGCCCAAGGUUACGCACCGCUUCCCCGAGUCUUGGGUUAUGACACCCGAGCGCAAGAAGCAGCUGGAGGCUACUCGUGCUGAGAGACAGCGUCAGGAGCAGGAGCGGGUGGACGGCAAUAAGGUCGUUCUGCAGGCGGCGCGGACCCUGCCGGCUUUGAACCCUGCGUUGAACGCAAAGGCCACGGAAGAGCGGGAGAAGGUUGCAGUGAAGGUCAAUGCAAAGGCUCAGAGGAAGAGGGUUCGGUGA